AUGUCUGGCUCUGUUGCCUGCCGGUGGGUCAUUGGGCAGGUGCUACUGCCACUGCUACCCCAGAGCUCCAAAUAUGAGCCUAUGAAAUCUCAGUCCAGCAAAAUUGUGCCCAGCAAGAGCAAGCUGUCUUUCCCAACAAUAUAUUUGAUAGUCUCUUCCUGUGUUGGCUCAGUACCUAUCCUCACCUGUGAAUCUUUUGAAACAUGUCUGAUGGGGGAGAAUUGCCAAAUGAAGCUAUCUCCAUCUUCACUUCAGGGAGCACUAUCUCCAUCUUCACUUCAGGGAGCACUCAAAAAGAGAUCAGCUUUUGAAGAUCUCACUAAUGCUUUUCAAUGUCAACCUGCCCAGCCCAAGAAAGAAGCCAACAAAGAGUUUGUAAAAGAUGUUUCCAAGAAGAUAAACAGAAACACUUGUGCUCUUGGAUUGGCCAUAAAGAAUAAACGGAAUCUAAAAUGGCAUAAGCUGGAAGUCACACCAGUAGUAGCCUCUACUACCUUGGUAUCAAACAUUAUGGAGAAACCACUCAUUCUAGACAUAACCAGCACCUCCAAAACACCCAGUAGCGAGGAGGCAUCUCUCUUCAGAAAGCCAUUAGUUUUAAAAGAGGAACCCGCUACUGAGGAUAAAAUCCUUAUCAAGAAGUCAUUAUCUUUAAAGAAGUGCUCAAAUGAUAGGCACGUGUCCAUAUUGGAAAAGCCACAGCCCCUGCAGGAGGAGAGUGACAGUGAUGAUGAGUUUGUUUUAGAGCCAAUGACUUUUAAGAAGACACAUAAAACUGAGGAGGAAGCCAUCACCAAUAAGACAUUAUCCUUAAAGAAGAUGUGUGCAAGUCAGGGGAAGCAGCCCUGCCAGGAAGAGUUGUUGGCUUUGCAGGAUGUCAAUAUUGAAGAGGAUUCCUUCUUUAUGGAGUCAAUGAGUUUUAAGAAGAAGCCUAAAACUGAGGAGUCAAUCUCCACCAAUAAGCUGUCAUCUUUAAAGAAGAAAUGUACCAUUCAUGGGAAGAUGUGUCACUUUAAGAAGCCACUGGUAUUGCAGACAACCAUCUCUGGAGAGAUGUCCUCCAUUAAGGAGCCAUUGUCCUUUAAGAAAAAGCCUACCAGUGAGAAGGAGACCCUUUUCCAAGAGCCAUCUGUAUUGCAAGAGAAGUGCACCACUGAGCAUGAGAUGUCCAUCUUGAAGAAAUCAUUAGCCUUGCAGGAGAAGACCAACUUUAAAGAGGAUUCCCUUGUUAAGGAGUCAUUAGCCUUUAAGAAGAAGGCUAGCACUGAGGAGGCAACCAUGAGGCCAUUAAUUUUAAAGAAGCAGUGCAUGACUCAGAGAAAGAGGUCCCACUUGAAGCCAUUAGUAUUGCAGGAGAUCACCUCUGGAGAGAAGUCACUCGUUACAAAGCUAUUGUCCAUUAAAGAAAAGCCUGCUACUGAGAAGCCCUUUUCCCAAGAACCAUCUGUAUUACAAGAGAAGCACACCACUCAGGGGGAGGUAGACCACUUGAAGAAGCCAUGGACAUUGCAGCAGAAUAGUGACAGUGAAGAUAACUUUAUGGAGCUAGUUUCCUUUGAGAAGAAGCAUACUACCAAGGAGUCAACCUCCAUGACGAAGCCAUUAUCUUUAAAAAAUGAGAAAGGUGCCACACAGGGAAAGAUGUCCUGCCUGAAGUAUCCACUAAUAUUGCCGAAGACUAUCUCUGGGGAGAAAUCACUGAUUAAGGAGCCAUUGCCCUUUAAGAAGAAGCCUACUACUGAGAAGGAGUCCUUUUCCCAGGAACCAUCUGCAUUGCAAGAGAAGCACACCACUCAGGGGGAGGUAUCCAUCUUAAAGGAGCCCUUGUCCUUGCUGAAGUCUCCAACUGAGGAGUCACUUUUUGAUGAGGCUUUGGCUUUUAAAAAGUGUACCACUGAGGAGGCAACUCCCACCAAGAAGCCUUUAAUUUUAAAGAGGAAGCACACCACUCAGGGGACAGUGUCCCAAUUGAAGAAACCACUAGUGUUACAGACCACCUCUGGAGAGAAGUCACUUACUGAGGAGCCAUUGUCCUUUAAAGAAGAAAAAGUACCUUUAAAGAAAAAGUGCACCACUCAAGCAAUGAUGUCUGUCUGGCCAGAACUGUUGAACUUUCAGGAUAUGAUUGGUGACAAUAAGAGUUCUUUCUUUAUGGAGCCAGUGUCUUUUAGGAAGAAACUUACGACUGAAGAGACAGUACUUACCAAGACAUCAUUGUCGUUACAGAAAAAGAACAUUACUCAGGAGAAGAUGUCGCUGUUAGAGAAGCCACUGGUCUUGCAGAAGAUCACUUCUGAGGAGGAAACACUCUAUAAGAAACUGUUGCCCUUUAAGAUGAAAUCUACAACUGAAGAACAGUUUCUCUUCCAGGAACCAUCUGCAUUGAAAGAAAAGCACACAACCUUGCAGGAAGUGUCCUUCUCAAGAGAGUCAUUGCCCAUCCAGGAGAUGACUACCACUGAGGAGGAAUUCUCUCAGGAACUAUUUUCAUCACAUGUUAAGCAUACCAACAAAAGUGGGUCCCUCUUCCAGGAGGCUUUGGUCUUGCAAGAGAAGGCUGCUACCAAAGAGGAUUCCUUGAAGAAGCUGUUGGCCUUGCAGGAGAAAAGCACCGUGGAAGAAUAUGAGUUCCUUAUCAAAAAGCCAUUGGUUCUGAAGAAGGAGCAUCCUGCUGAGGCAGCCACAAACAUAGAUACACAAUUAUCUUUAAAGGAACAGUCUACUGCUCAGGGAGAAGUGUUCCUCUUGAAGAAGCAGUUGGCCUUGAAUGAAAACAUCAAUGAAGAAGAGUUUCCUAUUAAGCUGCCACUGGACUUAGAGGGGUAUCCUAGCAUUGAGGAGGGGGAGACCCUCUUCAAGAAACUUUUGGCCAUGAAGGAGAAGCCCAGCGUUGAGAAGGAGGCUGUCCUCAAGGAGCCCACUAUUGACACGGAAGCUUACUUUAAGGAAACUUUGGACUUGCAGGAGAAGCCCAACUUUGAGCAGCAGGCCUGCUUUAAGCAACACUUGGCUUUGUGUGAGAAGCCCAGCACUGAGAAGGAGACCAUCUUCAAGGAGUCCUUGGUUUUGCAGGAGAAGUCCAUCAUUGAGAAAGAGACCCUCUUCAAAGAGCCAUUACCCUUGCAGAUGUCUACCAUGAAUGAGGCAUCCCUCUUCGAAGAUAUGACAACUCUGAAUGAGAAACCCACCACUGGGAAGGAAUUGUCCUUCAAGGAGCUAUUGACCUUACAAGAGAGUACCACCUGCAAGAAAGACAUCUUUCUCAAAACAUUAUUGAUCCCCCAAGUUGGAACCAGCCCAUAUGGGUCUAGCACCAUUCGUGAAUCCGUAACAGGCAAGUCCAGCAUUGCUACCAUCACCAGCGUGGGCAAGUCCAGUACCACCACCAAGUCCAGUGCAUGUGCUUCUGAUGAACCUUUCUCACCACAGGCCAAGCGAACACCAAAGGAGAUAACCCCACAGGAAGAUACUGACGAGGACAACAGUGAUGCAAGUUUCAACCCAGUGUAUGUCAAGGAAAUCUUCAGUUACCUGAAGGAGAGAGAGGAACGGUUUGUAGUUACAGAUUACAUGAACAGGCAGAUUGAAAUCACCGGUAACAUGAGGGCUGUUCUUGUGGACUGGUUGGUAGAGGUGCAGGUGUCCUUUGAGAUGACCCAUGAGACCCUGUACUUGGCAGUGAAACUGGUGGAUCUCUAUCUAAUGAAGGCAGUAUGCAGGAAGGAUAAGUUACAACUCCUUGGUGCUACUGCCUUUAUGAUUGCAGCAAAAUUUGAGGAGCCCAACGCACCUUGUCUGGAUGACUUCGUGUACAUCUGUGAUGAUAAUUAUCAGCGAGAUGAGAUGCUUAAGAUGGAAAUCCAUAUCCUGCAUGUCCUCAAAUUUGACAUCAACAUUCCCGUUGCCUAUCAUUUUCUGCGUAGAUAUGCUAAGUGUAUCCACACCAGUAUGAAGACACUGACCUUGUCCCGCUACAUCUGUGAGAUGAGUCUGCAGGAAUACGACUAUGUCCAGGAGAAAGCUUCCAAGCUAGCUACUGCCGCCUUACUCCUGGCCCUCUACAUGAGGAAUCUCGGACACUGGGUUCCCAUCCUGGAGUAUUACAGUGACUACAAGGUCUCUGAGCUUUACUCUCUGGUCAGACGGCUGAACAAACUGCUGACUUUCACUUCUUACUAUAAUCUCAAGGCUGUGUAUACCAAGUAUUCUAACCCGGUCUUCUUUGAAGUCACCAAAAUCCCCACCUUGGAUAUGUUGAAGCUGGAGGAGAUUCUGAAGUACGAUUGUAUGGCUGAGGGCCCGGUACUCUAGCCGCAGCCUCAGGGCCAGGCAUGCAUGUUAAUAGGAUAUCUUUAUUCUAUGUUUGAAUUGGUCUUCUGAUCGCCUUUAUUCAUUUUUCCUCUCUGUUUGUCUUUUCCCUAACUGAUAAUGCUAUAAAUAUUUAUGUUGUUUGUUUUUAUGAAAGAAAAAAUAUUGUCAUAUUUGACUAGAAAUUUAAUAAAAAAUUAAUGGUUGUUGUUAAAA